UGGGUCCCUAAUUAAUGACGUCACGACUCCAAGACCCUUCUGAGAAAUACAUUAUUCCAUCCUUUCUACUAAUAUAAUUUGUCGAAAUUUGCUUUCAAAUGUUAGAUUAGAUGGCUGGGAAUAUUUAGAGAUCAAUUAUAUGUCUGAAAAGAGGGAAUUCGUUGAAUGAUUUGAUUUAUUUAUUUUUGAGAACACUUGCGAUCCCACAAUUCAUAGCGAAAACAAAUAUGGACCAGGAAAAAGUUACGGGAGAAUUUGCAGAAUAAAUUUGAAGAAUUCGGGUCAUUUGGGCAGUUGUAUCGAUUCGAAAUUUUGAUCUGGGAAAAUGAAUAACAUGGCGAGUGGUGAGUUGUCAGCAGUUGAAGUUACAGUUGUCAGCAAUCUUGCCCAGAGGGCACACCAAGGAGAGGUGAAGGUUGUAGCAGACCCCACACAACCAGUAGACACAUUGAUAUCAGCAUUUUGUACAGAAAAGAAUAUCCGCCAAAAGUAUAAGUAUGUCAUACGAACUUCCCGGGGUGAAGUACUCAGUAAUACAAUGACAAUCGCAGGCGCAUAUAUACAGGAUCAGGAUGUGGUCACAUUGGGAACUAAAGAUCAGUUCAAUGAGAAGACCUAUGGUUGUAGCAACUGGCACAUACUCGCUGCGCUCUGUAUUUUUAUUGGUGUAGUUGGAUUGGCAGCCAUUAUCGUCAUUCGUCAAUUAGAGGUGCAAAAACCAUUUGAUUAUGGGAUUGUCCUUGAUGCGGGAUCAUCACACACAAACUUAUUUAUCUACAAAUGGGAGGGGAGUCAAAAUAAUGGGACAGCAGUAGUUAAUCAGAUAUAUAAAUGCAAUAUACAAAAAGCCAUAUCUUCAUUUACGACUAACAUAACUCAAGCGGGAGAUUCCCUGAGACCAUGUUUGGAAAAAGCAACACGUCAGAUACCCACCAGCAAACAUAGCUCAACACCCAUAUAUUUAGGAGCCACUGCAGGAAUGAGGCUACUUAAAGAGUCAAAUUCCACAAUUAGUGAUGGAAUUCUAAGUUCGGUGCGACAGACAAUACAGUCAUACCCCUUCAAGGUGUCCAAUAGCCUGAGUCAGGUGAGGAUCAUAACAGGGGCAGAGGAAGGAGUGUUUGGUUGGAUAACAGUCAACUUUCUCUUUGGAUCAUUUGGAAAUUUCAAGCCAUCUGUGUGGCUAGACCUCCAGCCUUCUCAGAAUGCAGAAGAAACCCUUGGAGCGCUAGAUAUGGGUGGUGCGUCAACUCAGAUAACUUUUCUCCACAACCAUGAUGCAUCAAUCCCAGUGGAGUAUGCCAAAAAAGUCAGGUUGUACGGACAUGACUAUAAUCUCUACUCAUAUAGCUUUCUUUGUUAUGGUAUUAAGGAGGCUGUUAGGCGCUACAGAGUCAACUUACUCAAAGCAGCCAACUUUACAGAUGUUAUUCCUGACCCUUGCAGUCAUUCGGGAUACAAGAUUAAUAUAAGCCAAUCAGAACUGUUCAAUAGUCCAUGCGCUUCAAAUGCAAUUGGGGGACUUAUUCCAGUAGAAUCAAGAGACAAGAUGUUUGAGUUCCAGGGUACAGGAGAUUCUGAUCAGUGUGCAUAUCUAGUAAAUGAGCUCAUAAAUACGACAUCCUGUACGUUUAACCACUGCUCAUUUAAUGGAAAAUACCUUUCUCCCCUCUUUGGCAAUUAUAAGGCUUUCUCUGGGUUCUACUUCAGUACAUUUGAUCUGAAUCUUACAUAUCCAUUCAGCCUUGCCAAAUUCCGGAAUGUCACAACGACCUUCUGCAAAAAAUCUUGGCCUGAGGUACAGAAAAUUCCAACUCCUGCAUCAUUUGACCUUCCAGUAUUCUGCUUCAAUGCCCACUAUGUUGAUACCAUACUGACAGAUGGCUACAACUUCACAGGUUCAGAUUGGGACAGGCUUGUAUUUGCAAACCAGGUACGUGGAAGUGACCUUGGCUGGAGUCUUGGGUUUAUGAUAAAUGCCACAAAUGCCAUCCCCGUUGAUGCACCUGUAGAAAGAAUAAGUCUAGUGGUGUUUAUCUUAUUGACUGUCCUAUUUGCUUUAUUCUUGCUGUGUGCUGUUGGGUUUUGUUGUUACGCACAUAGCGAGAGAAAAGCUAUGACAAAAAGUAAAUACAGAAGGAUCCCUAAUGAGACAUCAUCUCCGAGCCACUAUGGAAGUUUAGACUAGAUGAAAAAUGGUCUAGAUAUACCUGUUAUAUAUCUCUGUGGUUAAUCAAUUGCCCUUUAUCAAGUAUUCUUUAUAGUCCCUUUUCUUUAGUGCCCUGAUCAAUUGGACAUGAGAUUGGGUGUGACUUUAUAUAGGGAAAAUAGUCUUAUUUCUGUCAAUUAGGCUGGUGUCAAAAACUCAAAAGAAAAGAUCAAGAACUUUUAUUUAUACCUCUCAUGAAAUUAAAAUAGUAAACUUGGCGGGGUAGUUUAGAAUUUGAAUUGAUAGUGAUCAGAAACAAGAGUAUUUUUUCAUGGCCCUAAAUGGCUGCUAAAUUGCAGUGCCUUUUAUGUUCCUUAUGUGCCAAUGUGUCAUUUUAUUUUUCUUCUAUGAUCAUCAACUCAUAUU